UACUACUACUACUACAACUACAACAACAACUACUACUACAUGUGUGACCAGUCAGUCACCUGGAGCGGCUGGUAUCGUCUCUUUAUUAACGGUCUGAGCGCUCAGAUCCCAGACACAUGUGUUGCUGAGUACGGCUGUGGCACCAAUAUCCCACUGUGGAUUCGUGGUGGACACCCAAGAGUUCAGGAUGGAGUCGUUACUCGAGAUGUCUGCGGUCACUAUAACAAUUACUGCUGUUAUUAUGGGUCUUUUCCUAUUAAAGUCAAAGCCUGUCCUGGCAGUUAUUAUGUCUAUGAGUUGGUUAGUCCAACUGUCUGCUAUUCAGCAUACUGUGCAGAUGUCGGCAGCAUUAACACCAGCUCAACAACUGACACACCAGCGACCAUCUCAACUGAUGAUCUCUCUGUUGAUCCCUGCUUCAACUACACUGUGCUGGAUGAUCCAUGGAGAGCCACCAGCAAUCAGUUAUCAAACUACAUGUGUGACACCUCAGUCACCUGGAACGGCUGGUAUCGUCUCUUUAUUAACAGUCUGAGCACUCAGAUCGCAGACACAUGGGAGUGA